AUGAACGAAGACGAAAACGAAUGUUUACCAAUACCUCGACGUUCGUUAAUCAAUCGAAAGGCAAAUCAUUUCGGUUCAGAUAAUGAAACAUCUCCUAUUGAUCGUCGUCAAUCCCGUUUGCUUCUAAACGCUUCGAUUAGUAUCGAUAGUGGCGUCGAUGAAAGUGUUCAAACUCCUGUGCAAUUGAUUGCACUUUACGAAAAAACUCUUGAAUUAGCAUCAAAAAAUAAAAUCAAUGCAAAAAAUGCUUUCCAUUUUCCACUUCUAGAACGAUUACCUGAAAUCUUAGAUCUCAUCGCCUUCGAUGACAAAAACGAUUCAUUCAGUGAGAAUCAUCAUGAACCGAAUUUUGUCAAAGCUGGCUCAGUAAUCGAUGCAAGUGCGAAGAUCUAUGGUUAUCGUGUUGAUGCUCUCCAUACAGAAACUCAAAAAUUGAAUGGAACUAUUCAACAACAAGAUGAAGACGAUGAAGAAUCACAAAGUAUUCAAUCUGAUCCAGUAGAAAUAACCAAGAAACUGUCACAACGAAGCAAACCGAAGGCUAGUUCAUAUCUCACAACAGAUUUAUCAACGAUAUCACUCGCACGUGAACUUGAUUUUCAUCCAUUUCAACCGUCAAAUAUGUGUCAAUGGCCAGGUGGCGUGGGUGAUGACUCCAUCUAUGCCGAUAUGGUUUCGUAUACAAUGUACUCCUCCAGUGAUUAUCCUUUGAUCAACGGUUUUAUUAAUCUAAACAGUCCGAUCAAUCGUGAAUACGAUGACAAUGAAAGAAUACUUGAUGUAUCGAUGAAAACAAUCUAUGAUUUAAUUCCAUUGAGAGAAGCCAUUCAAGAUCAUGAAGCACAUGAUCAUAUUCUCGGAUGUCAAAUAUUACGAGAAUUUUCAUUUAAUGAAGACAGCACGGCGUCGUAUAUUGAAACCAUUGAUGAAUGUUCAGUUUUAGAUCGUUCUUUAAUGGAUGUGAGCGAUGACUACGACGCAGAGAAUGAAGUUUUUAGUAAUGGUUUAAGUGAAUUACGCGAUGAUCCAUUUCCAUUUUACUUUCAAGAAUUAAAAUCGGCUCAUACUUGUCCAACGGCCAUGCCAUCAAUGGAUGUAACACUGAUCCAAAGUAAAGUGUCUUUCGUCGAUCAGAUUCCUCAUCUACUUCGCGAUACAAACGAUUCAUCUGACUACAGUUACUUCGAUUAUUCAAAGUUGAAGCUAUUUGCUGGGCCUUAUCUUUGGAGAUAUACGAAUCUUCUUCCAGAUAUCAUCGAGUCAGCAUCUAAUCCUGAACAACGGCAGCAUCAGUGUCGUGCUUAUGUUCAAUCUAGACAUCGUUUCAAACUAAAUCUAACUGAUACGGAACGAAAUGUAUCAUUAACCGAUUUAAUGUUUUCGAAUUCAUGCACUCGAAAGAUAUUAAAAGGACGAAAAAGAAAAGUUCUAUCAAACACACUACAUAGAGCUCAACAACAGACUAAACACCGUUAUCAAUUGAGACUUUCUCGAAAGUCACGUCCAGUGGUUGAUCUAUCAUCUCUGAAUUAUUUCCCUGAUUUGAAUGUACAAAUGGUAUCUACUUCAGAUGAUUUAAACUCAUUGAAUGAUGAAGAUAAUUAUCAGUUCGAUCCACCUGAUCUCAUCUCUGAAGAAGUGCAUUACGAAUUCGUUCGUCCUGUUCAUUAUGACAAAAUCGAAUUUGAUAGAAAUUUCGCGAAAAUCGAUGCAAAGAAGCUUCAACUUCAAUUGUUUGAUGUAUAUACUUCGCAACAUACAAACACAUCAAGUCCCGUGUCACUAUCAACCAUAUGUGUGAAACUACUCGAUCAAGGAAUGAUUUCUUAUGAUAAAGAUCAAAUUGUCUCAGCAUUUUAUUGCAUGCUGAACAAUUGCAACAAGAAUCAGUUAUACAUGAAAAGCAAUUCACAACGUGAUGAUCUUAUCAUACAGAAACAGCCGUUUGUUGAUUCCACACAAUUGAUUUAUUCACAAGCUAUUAACUAA